GACGAGGCAGCAGCAAAGGUUGCCAAUGAAGAACGAAAUCAACGACGCGAGAAGAUAUUCAACGGAGAGCGAGUUUUGCUCACAAUGGCAGCGGACUGGCGAGUUGAGGCCGAGAAUGGGAAGAUGGAAGAGAGUGAAAGCAAGAUCGCUUUACUCCUCUCCCAUUUCACGGGUCUCCUGGCAACGUGCAUUGCACAUCAGGAGGACAUCCACAGCCUCGACGACGCGAUUCAGACGCACAAUCGGGCGUUUGAUCAAGUCAACAGCCACGUCGAGCAGCUGCAGCAACUACCCGUCACCGCCCCAGAUGCCAGCUCCUCCAACACCUCCGAUCGCCUCAAUGCAUUGGAAAUCGACGUCAGAACCCUCAAGGACGACGUGCAGCUACAACGAAUUGCCACGCAACAACUGGAGCAGCAGAUAUGUGCUGCCACCGCCAACCCGAGUUCGACACCACGCGAGACGACUCCAAAGUUCGAUGAUCAGGAGAUCUUCUGCGAUUUGACGAAGACGGACCCGAUUCCGUGGUUUUGCAAGUUCGUGCUCAAGUUGCAGCUACACCACGUCAGCGAGGACAAGCAUCACGCGUACUUAUACUCCCGGUCGGAGGGCGCGUGCCAAGCAUGGUUGGACAAUCUUUUGUCCAAGUACGGGGUGGUAGCUGCCGACUUGUACGCCAAGUUCAUCGACAUCUUCGAGUUACCUACCGGUGUGGUGCCGGAUUGGCCAAUCUCUCACGAGAUCAUUCUUGAGGCCGGUGUCGUGUCGCCAAAAGGUUACAUUUACCGCAAGAGCGAGGAUAAACUUACGGUCCUCCGCUCGCAACUCGAUGACUUGUUGGACAAGGGCUGGAUCCACCCUAGUAGCUCCCCAUAUGGAGUGUCAGUUCUCUUCGUACGGAAGAAGAACAAGGAUCUACGAUCAUGCAUCGACUACCGCAAGCUCAACGCGCAAACCGUCAAGAAUGCGGGGCCUCUUCCUCGUAUUAACGAUCUCGUUGAGCGAUUGGGUGGCGCGAAGUACUUUUCUAAGUUGGAUUUGAAGUCAGGAUAUUAUCAGAUUUCGAUCCGGCCGAACGAUCGCUAUAAAUCCGCGUUCAAGACGCGGUAUGGGCAUUUUGAGUGGGUGGUCAUGCCUUUUGGCCUCACCAAUGCCCCGACGACAUUUCAAGCGGCAAUGACCAACGAGUUCUGUGCGAUGUUGGACCGGUUCGUGCUGGUCUACUUAGAGGACAUUCUCGUCUAUAGCCGGACAUUGGAAGAUUAUAUUGAGCACCUUCGACGAGUGUUGGAGACGCUCCGCCGCGCCAAGUUCAAAGCCAACCACGACAAGUGCGGAUUUGUCCGGGAAGAGUUGGAAUACUUGGACCAUUUUGUCACACCGAAGGGCAUCAGCCCGUUGUCGGACAAGAUUCAAGCCAUCCAAGAGUGGUCGGAGCCAAGGGAUACUCGAAGAUUGCGACCCACUUGACCAAGCUUCAAUACUAGCAGCCGCGCAAUUCAGGUCCUAAGUAGGUUAAAAUGAGGGAUGCGCCGGGUAUA